CGACACUGCGCAGAACCAGGCGGCUGGGGGCUCCUAGAAACAGGCAGCAGGGAGCUGAUGGAGUGACACAAAUGGACAGUGGAGUUGGCGCUGGGUUGCUGCUCGGUUCGGGGCUGUUUUGGCAUCCGAAUCGUUUCCAGUGUGAAAAUCAUAUCCCCUCUCAAACGUAAGUGCUCAACAAUUUUUUUUUUGUUUUCUGAAAAAGAACGACAACAAACAAAACUUCUGUGUAUUUAAUGCCGUAGGAUCAUUUCCUGCAUCGAAGUAGUUUGAAGAGAGGGGAAGAACGAGAGAAAAGUAUGGCUGUGAUUAAUUGUUUCCAUCUGGAUCUGUGCAAACUUGCGAGCGCUCGGUGGCUGUUUGUGCUGCAUCUGUUUCUCCAAGGACUGGGACCUGUGCGGCCACAGGGACAGUACAAUAGCGAGAGGGGCAUCUCAAUCCCGGACCACGGCUUUUGCCAGCCCAUCUCGAUCCCCCUGUGCACAGACAUCGCCUACAACCAGACCAUCAUGCCGAACCUGUUGGGGCACACGAACCAGGAAGAUGCCGGCCUGGAGGUUCACCAGUUUUACCCGCUGGUGAAAGUGCAGUGCUCGCCCGAGCUGAAGUUUUUCCUGUGUUCCAUGUACGCGCCGGUGUGCACGGUACUGGAGCAGGCGAUCCCCCCGUGCCGAUCGCUGUGUGAGCGGGCCAGGCAGGGCUGUGAGGCGCUCAUGAACAAAUUCGGCUUCCAGUGGCCCGAGAGCCUGCGCUGCGAAAACUUUCCCGUCCACGGAUCUAUUGACUUGUGCGUGGGGCAGAACAACACCGAGAAGGGCAGUCCGACCCUGGAUCCCACACAGUCCUUACCGAACACCGGGACCAUACACCCGCGGGGUUCCUCUGGCAGGGGGCAGUUCAUUUGCCCGCGGGUUCUGAAAGUGCCCAAUUACCUGAACUACCACUUCCUGGGGGAGAAGGACUGCGGGGCGCCCUGCGAGCCCUCCCGCACCAACGGCCUGAUGUAUUUCAGUGAGCAGGAGCUGAAGUUCUCCCGGAUUUGGAUCGGGAUCUGGUCGGUGCUGUGCUGCGCUUCCACCCUGUUCACGGUGCUGACCUACCUGGUGGACAUGCAGCGGUUCAGCUACCCGGAGCGGCCCAUCAUCUUCCUGUCGGGCUGCUACACCAUGGUAGCUACCGCCUACAUCGCGGGCUUCCUGCUGGAGGAGAGGGUGGUCUGCAACGAGAGGUUCGCCGAGGACGGCUACAAGACGGUGGCGCAGGGCACCAAGAAGGAAGGCUGCACCAUCCUGUUCAUGAUGCUCUACUUCUUCAGCAUGGCCAGCUCGAUCUGGUGGGUGAUCCUGUCGCUGACCUGGUUCCUGGCGGCGGGAAUGAAGUGGGGUCAUGAGGCCAUCGAGGCCAACUCGCAGUACUUCCACUUGGCGGCCUGGGCGGUGCCGGCGAUCAAAACCAUCACCAUCCUGGCCGUGGGCCAGGUGGACGGCGACGUGCUGAGCGGGGUCUGCUUCGUGGGCCUCAACAACGUGGACGCGCUGCGCGGCUUCGUGCUGGCGCCGCUCUUCGUCUACCUGUUCAUCGGCACCUCCUUCCUGCUGGCCGGCUUCGUGUCCCUGUUCCGCAUCCGCACCAUCAUGAAGCACGACGGCACCAAGACCGAGAAGCUCGAGAAGCUGAUGGUGCGCAUCGGCAUCUUCAGCGUCCUGUACACCGUGCCCGCCACCAUCGUCAUCGCCUGCUACUUCUACGAGCAGGCUUUCCGCCAGCAGUGGGAGAAAAGUUGGGUCAGCCAAGCCUGCAAAAGUUACGCUAUCCCCUGCCCCUCUGGCGAGCAGCCCCACAUGAGGCCGGAUUUCACCGUCUACAUGAUCAAAUACCUCAUGACACUUAUAGUGGGCAUCACUUCAGGCUUUUGGAUCUGGUCCGCUUUUAAAAAGACUGUCAGAGGUUGUUUUAGGUCAAGAAUGUUCGCAUGCUGUUUUCCUGACAAGGGAGGAAUACUAUGUCGCUGCCUUGGAAUUCCACGAAUUCACUUACAAAGCAAAGAGAUCUUCACGCUAAGUGUCAUGAUCAUCCAUAAUCCCAAACGAGGUGCAGCCAUUUGUACAGGAUAUAUGACCUUCCUCCAGCUGGAUGUAGUCAGCUUGAUGGGAGCUUCAAAGAACUCCAGAGAAAUCUUGCCAGUUCCGUGGAGGAGCCCAGAAGAGAGUUGUCAAAAGUCAACCACGUUGCUCUGGGUCUGGAGGCACAUGUAGGAAAAACCAGGUAAGGACGUCAGAGAUAAUGGGAACUGCAGAUGCUGGAGAUUCCAAGAUAAUAAAAUGUGAGGCUGGAUGAACACAGCAGGCCAAGCAGCAUCUCAGGAGCACAAAAGCUGACGUUUCGGGCCUAGACCCUUCAUCAGAGAGGUCAGGUUUACUUCUCUAAAGAACAUUAGUAAACCAGUUGGAGUUUUAUGAUAAUGAUGUUAGUUGUCAUGGCUGCAUUUACUGAGGCUAACUUUAUACUCCAGAUCAGCUGCCAUGAUUGGGAUGUUCCCAAAACAUAAACCUGGGUCAUUCUAGUAAAUCAUCUCUGCAAAUUAUUCAAAGACUUUGCAUCCUUCAAAAGUAUAUUACAAAUGAAACAGUACCACUACUGGGGUAAAACUUCUCUUUUAUAUUGUUUGGGCUUUUGUGAAAUUCUAACAAAUAAAAAUGCAUGUAUUGUACAGAGUUAAAAUAAGUUGCUGUGCCUCUGUCCAUCAAUCCUUGAACCCCUUAUGUUUUGUUAACUUGAGUUUUAACUUGGGUCAAAGUCCUGGAAUUCCAUCCCUUAGUGCAUUGUGGCUGAACCCAUAGUGGGUUGACUGCAGUGUUUAAGAAGGCAGCUGACCACCAUUUUCUCAAGGACAACUAGGAAUGGGCAAUAAAUGGUGGCCAGCCAGUAAAGCACAUCCCACAAAAUGAAUUUUAAAAAACGAGUUGUCACUUCAAAGACUUGCGCACAAACACGUCCAGAUUUCUGAGCCCCUGAUAUAAUUGUAUGUGAUUUAAGGAAUUUUAGAUCCUUCAUAUUCACUUCUUAGAGACUGCCUCACUUGUUCCCCAGAUGAAUCAGUUUAAAUAUGAAAUAAGAACUUUGUACUUUCAUUGAUUUUUUUUACACUACAAGAUGAAUUUCUCCUCCUUGGAAUAGGAAUUUAAGAAAUGUAAUUAAAAUAGCACUAAUAUUUUUCAUUCAAUUUAUCAAACUUAACAGUUAAAGUUUUUUUAAGGUUUUCACCAUGAUGUCUUGAGCAUGCAUUAGUGAAUCACAGGCAGUGGACAAAUUGCCUUGCUACAUGGAUAUUCUACCUUAUGCACAAACGGCUAUUUGGAUUGUCAUGUUAAAGUGCCAUUAGUGUCAUAUAUGUUUCCUCCUUUUCUUUCCUUUUUUUUCUAUUCAUUAACAACCUUACUGACUUUGAUUUCCCUUUCCCUAUGCACAAAAUCAUGGCAUGGGGGCGAGUGAGCUGGGUAAUAUAUUUCUCUUUUCUAUCAACCAUGUAAACUACCCAUGAUUCUGAUCUUUCUAAACCACUCCUAAUUAAAUAGUGAGUCCUUCACCUGAUCUCACGUGUUAAAAAACACAACCAACAUCUUCACACCAAUUUUGAGAUUAUUUGGGCAAUUUAUAAUUUCUUAAUUCACAAAAUAAGUGAAAUGAUGGGAAGCCCAGUUAAAAAACUUAUAUAUUGUGCCUGUUCCAAGUUUUCUACAACCUGGGUCAUUGCAAUUUACAAUUUGAUUUCUCCCAAUCCUUAGCAGACCUGAAAUAUAUUAUGUAUAAUAUGUCGUUACCAUUUAGCCUGCAUGUUCAUGUGUAGCAGAAGAAAAUUCUGUUUAAUGAAAUACUGUUGUGAGUUGACAAUGGAAAUUAACCAGUUAAGCAAAUAUUAGCAUCUUGUCAGUUUUCACUAUAAGAUAUUGAUGCAUAUAUAACUAUGCAUGCAGCAGUAAAUUCCUUAUGAUGUCUUAGUGUGCAUACUUGAACUGUGGCCUUUUCUAUAAUUUAGUGUGAGAAGUUCUACCAUUUCACUCAACUACACAGAACAUUUGUAUGUGCAAUUGAGAGUGGCUAACUUGAAUUUCUAAACAUUCAUUUCUCAGUUCUGAAUUAAAUGUUCAUAAAUUUAAAUUAAUAAGUGUGUUUGAAUAAUUAACACAUUCAUUGAAUAUAUGAGUAGUCAAAAGCAAUUAGUAGUUUCAUAGAGGUGGUUUCUCAAAUGCUGCGACACCACAAGCUAAAUGAAAGGCAUUUGAUCCGUUUCAGCUUAUCAGUCCAGAAUAAAUCUAUAAACCCCUAUUACAACGACAAACUGAAUCUGAAAUGGUUUGCUUCCACUAGAUUGCUCAAAGUUGAACACUUUCUACAAGAAACCUUUACCAAAUAUUCCUAAAUUUGUUAACUUUAUUGAUUGAUGUAUUGGUAUUGUUUACUGUUCAUAUU